AUGCCUUACAUGGAUAAUGAGAAAAUAGUUAUAGAUGAUGUAUUAGAUAGACAAAAUUAUAUUAAAACUAUAAAAACAAAUUCCGAAAAAAUGAGAGGAGAAAAUAAAGCUUUCAAAGAAAAUAAAGGAAAUAAUCAAAAACAUGAACAAAUAUACUUAGCAACUUGGAAUGUCAGCAGCACAUUUAAUAGCGGUACAAGAAACAAAACAAUCAGAAAACCUUAUAUUAAAGUAGGUGAAUAUAUAUUUUUCAAUAGCGUAACAGAUGAUAGGAUGUUUGGAACAGGGUUUUUAGUAAAAAACAACUUAAAAACAGAUGUAAUAGAGUUUACUCCAGUGACAAACAGAAUUUGCAAAAUAAGGAUAAGAAGCAAGUACAGAAAGAUAAGCAUUAUCAAUGUUCACUGCCUUACAGAAGAUAAAGAAGAGGAAGAAAAAGAAGAGUUUUAUGAACAUAUAGAACAAAUUUAUAACAAAAUUCCAAGAUACGAUAUCAAAAUAUUGAUAGGAGAUUUCAAUGCAAAGAUUGGGAAAGAAACAAUUUAUAAACCGACUAUUGGAGGACACAGUAAACAUAGUAAAAGUAAUGGAAAUGUGGGAAAAAACUUAUGGAAUUUGCAACAGAAAAGGACUUAA